AUGCCCUCAUCAAAGGGCUCAAAUGGCUCCGGCGCGCAGGUCAGCCAUCGUCUCCGAAACUUCUUUCGCAUCAACAGCGCCGCCAGCACCGCUGGUGAAAAGGACAAGGCCGCCUCCAACAAUGCGUCCCGCACUUCUGCCUCUAACAACGCCGCUGCCUCCGACAUGUCUGGCCCCAAGCCCUCCCGUCAUGCCAAGUUCUUCAGCAACACCGUCGGCAGACUCCGCGCCCACACCGUCGCCAGCGAGGGCAACCAGCUCGAAGAGGCCAUGAGCCCUACUGCUCACGCCAACCCCUACUUUGCCCACCAGGGCCAGCCCGACCUGCGCCAUCACAACGAGGGCUCCGUGCCCCCCAGUCCUCCUGAUACUCCCGAGCUCAACGCCAGCGGGCCCGAUGGUGUUCCUGCCGACCAGGCCGCCAGCGAGACCAAGGAGGAGCUUGCUCGUCGUCUGCGCCGCGUGGCUAGUGCCCCCAAUGCCCAAGGCCUGUUCGCCAGCGCCCAGUCCGACGCGGUCCCGGCGCUGCCCGUGGCCAUGUCCGCCGCUGGCCAACGACCUGCAACCGCCGAGCUCGGCAGGGAUCCUCUCAUUGCCGAUCCGGAGAGCGGCUCCAUUGGCCUUGCACAGUCUCAGUCGGAAUCGUCCAAAAGCAACAGCCAUGCCCGUGCCGCCGAAGACGUCCUCUCGGCAUUGCCAGCCCCUAGCGCUUCCUUGGCUUUCCGGAGGACGUACAGCUCCAACUCCAUCAAAGUUCGCAAUGUUGAAGUUGGCCCUGCCAGUUUUGACAAGAUUAAGCUCAUUGGAAAGGGUGAUGUUGGCAAGGUCUAUCUUGUGAGGGAGAAGAAGAGCAGCAGACUUUAUGCCAUGAAGGUCUUGAGCAAAAAGGAAAUGAUCAAGCGGAACAAGAUCAAGCGCGCUCUCGCUGAGCAGGAAAUCCUGGCAACGAGCAACCAUCCAUUCAUUGUCACGCUUUAUCACUCCUUCCAGUCUGACGAGCACUUAUACCUGUGCAUGGAAUACUGCAGCGGUGGAGAGUUCUUCCGAGCCUUGCAAACUCGCCCUGGGAAGUGCAUUCCCGAGGACGACGCUCGUUUCUAUGCGGCCGAAGUUACGGCCGCUCUCGAGUACCUUCAUCUCAUGGGCUUCAUCUACCGUGAUUUGAAACCUGAGAAUAUUCUGCUUCACCAAUCCGGCCACAUCAUGCUUUCAGACUUUGACCUUUCCAAGCAGUCAGACCCUGGCGGCAAGCCCACCAUGAUUAUCGGAAAGAACGGUGCCCGGACAGAUGCCUUGCCCACAAUCGACACCAGAUCCUGCAUCGCCAACUUCCGGACGAACUCAUUCGUCGGUACGGAGGAAUACAUUGCCCCCGAGGUUAUUAAGGGUUCCGGGCACACAAGCGCUGUGGACUGGUGGACGCUGGGCAUUCUCAUCUACGAAAUGCUGUACGGCACCACGCCGUUCAAGGGAAAGAAUAGAAACGCCACCUUCGCCAACAUUCUGCGUGAGGACAUUCCGUUCCCUGACCAUGCAGGGGCGCCUCAAAUUUCAAACCUCUGCAAAUCGUUGAUUCGAAAACUCUUGAUCAAGGACGAGAACAGGAGGUUAGGAGCCCGGGCCGGCGCAUCCGAUAUCAAGGUGCAUCCAUUCUUCCGCUCAACUCAGUGGGCUUUGAUUCGCCACAUGAAGCCGCCCAUUGUCCCCCACCCUACCAAGGGAAUAGACACAGUCAAUUUCCGAAACGUCAAGGAGAGUGAAAGCGUGGACAUCAGCGGGUCAAGAAUCAAGGGCGUGCCGCUGGACAGCGGAUUGGCAACCCCGGGAGCUGAGAUGGAGGAUCCCUUCAGCGAGUUCAACAGCGUGACGCUGCAUCACGACGGCGAUGACCAUCACCAGCACAUUGUUCAUCACCCUUCGGUCAGCCAACAGGUAAGCGCUUCUUCAUAG